UACACCCCCCACCCCUCCCCAUCCCACCCCCCUCCCCCCAAAGUCAAGCUUCAAACCGAACGUGGGGUUUUAUUUGCUGUUUUUGGUCUUUGAAUGGUGGAGACGGGGCGGCGGUUGCUCGGCUCGGCUGCUGCUCCCGCCGAGGCUGGUGGUGGUGGCGAGGAGAUGAGGAGAGGGAAGCCAUGCAGACGCAGCUCACAUUGCCUGUGGUUGCUAACGGCGGCCUUGGCGACGGCUCGCUGCUGCCUCGGUGCGAGUGCCCAGCCCGACAAGGUGGUGUGGGCCAUCAACGCCGGCGGGGAGACUCACACCGACGUCCACGGCAUCCAGUUCAAGAGAGACCCGCUGGAAGGCAAAAUCGGCAGGGCGUCAGACUAUGGGAUGAGAUUACCUAUUUUUCGAUCAAUGCCUGAAGAUCAAAUUCUGUACCAAACUGAACGCUACAAUGAAGAAACGUUUGGAUAUGAUAUUCCAAUUAAAGAAGAAGGCGACUAUGUAUUGGUUUUGAAGUUUGCCGAAGUUUAUUUUGCUCAAUCUCAACAAAAGGUCUUUGACGUGAGACUAAAUGGGCAGCAUGUGGUGGUGAAAGAUCUGGAUAUCUUUGAUAAAGUGGGACACAGCACGGCACACGAUGAAUUGGUGACCUUCUCCGUCAGGAAAGGAAAACUCAGUGUUCAAGGAGAAGUCUCUACAUUUAAUGGGAAACUGCUCGUAGAAUUUGUGAAAGGUUACUAUGACAACCCUAAAGUCUGUGCAAUGUGCAUUAUAAAGGGAUCAGUGGAGGAUGUCCCAAAACUCCUGCCUCACCCUGGUUUGGAAAAGAAGGAGGAAGAGGAAGAGGAGGAAGAUUAUGAAGAGGGUGCUGAAAGGAAGCCAUUAAGCAAAAAGAAGGUGAAGUCAGGACCUCGAACUCCUGACCCAUAUGCCUCUGACAACAGCAGCCUAAUGUUUCCAAUCUUAGUUGCCUUUGGGGUCUUCAUUCCCACUUUGUUUUGUCUAUGUCGAUUAUGAGAGAUAAACUUAGCAUGUACAGUGGUGUGUGUGGGCGAGGAGCUAUGUAACGGCAUGGGGCAGUCUGUUUAAAACAGUAUGUUUUUGUUCCCUCUAUCUUCAGAAUUGAGGGGAGGGGGAAAAGCGAAAUGGUUUGUACUGACUUUUGAAGGUUUGAAUUGCAAUAAUUUUUGUUUUUGUUAAAAGAUUUUUUUUAAAGACUCCUCCAAUAAUUCUGAAGUGUAAAAUUGAAAAUCCCAAAAAGUUGAAUGUUUGAGGCCAGUACUCGCUGGAGCAAUUUUUUGCUGUGUUAAAGGUAUGGUUUAAUGGGCAUCCAGGUUGGGAAAAAAAUGUGCCUCAAUGUGAAGACUGUACAACUAAUAUAGAACCAUUUGCCACUAGUGUGUAAGGAAAUCUACAAUUCCACUAGUAAAACUUGAAUGGAGAAUUUUAAAAGAGAAAACGUACUGUAGGCAAAUUAAUGGUAAUCUGACUGUACAAAUUCCACCCCCUCUGCGGUAGCAUGUCCACAUGUUGACAUGGGCAUUAUCCUUUUUUUUCCUUGAAUAAUGAGCUGACCAUGAAAAUCAGAUUCAAGCUGGUUGUUUAGUAAAUAAUUGGGUGAGUAUGAAAUGUUCAGAGUGUGAAAAGGCAGUGUUUGUUUCACCAGCAUCUUCAGAUUUCACCUCUAUGGCGUGGUGCAGUGCUCAAAUGCUUUACACAAUAAUUUUUAAAUCUUCUUUCUGUUGGCCAACUUUGCUGGAUCACCGCAGCAAAUUUCCGUAAAACUGUUAUAAUAAAAGCAAGAGUAAUAUGUAACGGUUUGUCAAUAACUGAAAGAAAGAAAAUGCUUCAAGCCGAAUUAUUUAAUCAGCACAAAAGCUGUAGCCCAUCCCCAAACUCUGUUUGAAUGAAUUUGCUGUGAACUUUUAUCAUUUUUCUUUGUCAUAUUUCCUAAUAUAUGUAGUUUUAAAGAAUUCCGUUCUCUAUUUUUUAUUCCUAUUCCAGGGUUCCUCUGUGAAAGGUAUUUGAAAUGGAUAGUAUUAUAUUAGCAAUAACAUUUGAAACCCCUCCACACAUUAAUACAUAUUUUAAUAAGGCCCUGCUGAGUGACCACAUACCAAUUGUUUGGCAGUGCUCACUAAAGCUCGCAAAAGAUGUAUAACUCUCAACAAAGGGAGAAACAUUUAAAACAGUUACUUGAACCCUAAAAAGUUGUGUUUAUUGUAACACCCUGCCAUGGAGUCGGUAUAAUCUGUUAAUCCCUUGGUGCUUAAUACAGAUUUUGGAAGCGUGUUGUGCUGAGUGUAAGAUGUAGUGUCUUUAUGAAAAGGGAUUGUUGCCUGGAUGAACUUGGCAGCAAGGGACUGCAUUCAUAAUCUGAGAGAAAGUCUUUACCUGAAAUCAUGGCAGUAAAGUUCUCAAUUGUAUCUGUCUCUUCCCUCACUUUGUCCCAUUCCCCAUCUCACCGCCAACCUAACUCGAGCAUUCCCCGUGUCUUUUCCCCAUCCACUGUCACCCCUGCCAUGUUACUAACAUAACGGGCUAGUGCACAGCGUAACCAUAAAUCUGUUGCCAUUUGAUCUUUAUUCCCAUUCACUUCCACAAAUUAACUGCAGAGGUUACUAUGUAGAUUACUGUUGAACCUGAGAUUUGAAGGCUGUUACCUCUCGAGCAACUCCGAGGGAGGGGAAAGAUUGAUUUUAGCUCUUUUUAAGAAGUUUAGUUUAUUUCAGGUAGGACAAUGAAAAGGAGCCAUUGCUGAUAUUUGAUAUUACAGUUUUAAAAUUAGACGCUGUGAUGCCUGCAGAGCACAGACGCAGCACUCCGAAUACAAGCAAAUCAUAGAAAUGAAACAUUUCAAGUCAUUUUAUAUAAAUAAUUGUAUUAUCUUUAUAAAGUCCCACAUACGGAAGAAUCCUUUUGCCUUUCUUGGAUAAUUCUAAAAAGCUACUUUUGGAUUUUAGAAAUUAAAUGUACAAUUCUUGAAUACAAUAAUCCAAGUGUGAUAUUAAAUGACAGGAGAAACCCUGUACAAUUUAGUCAUUGCCAGUUUUAAUGAACAUUUGUACUAUGGAAUUAAAAUGCUAUAUUUCCCCAAAAUUAUUUUGAGCAUCAUGCACAACUUGAAUCUACAUAUUCACAAGCAGGCUUUAACUGUUUCUUUUCCUCGCGAAGAAAGGUGAGAAGGGAAUAGAUUUUUUUUUUUUUUUCGAAAGUGUUUGAAGUUUAGAGUUAUUCAUUCCAAAGAGAGAACUGCUCUUUACCUUUGGAGGUUCAAUCAAAAUGUUUUUUUCUUUUGUUGGCUAACUUGAAUCCUGGACGGUGUAGGUAGAAUUUGUGCUUUAUGGUGUAAAGUUGAUUUUUUGUGUGUCUGGCGUGUGUGUGUGUCUGGCGUGUGUGUGUGUGUGUGCGUGCGCGCGAGUGUGCGUGUUUUAAAAAAAAAAAAAAAUCAUUUCAAUUUGUAGCUUGGCUUUUGUUUGGAGCUCUCAGGAACUUGGGUUGAGGGUAUAUUUGUAUUAAUUUGCACUCUGGUGGUUUUAAUCAGCAGUAUAUAAUGAAAAGGGAGAAGAUAAAAGUUAUUUUUAUGUCACAUGUGUUCAGACGAGCGAAAGACUACAUUUUAGUCCCUGGAUAACAGUACGUGUAAAAUACUUAACCUGUCAACCCAGGAUUUUCUGCCUUUUGGGUAGAAAUAUUUGUGUGCUGUGCACCAACUACAAUGUGCUUAAUUUUUUUCCGCAACUUUCUGCCUUUUUAUUUUUUUGAUAAUAUUGUGUUUGUGCCAGUGCAGCAAUGGCCAUAUUGCCAAUAUCACCAAACAGACUUGCCUAUACUUGUAAACUGCAAUGGUGGGGCUGGAGAACAAAACCUGUUCAUUGGAGUAGGAGAGCUGUCAGCUUCAUCCAUCCUGACUUGAGUUCGUCUUGAUCAACCUAAUAUUAUUUGAAUAGAUUAGUCAAUAAGCCUAAUUUUAAAUGGAUUCUGGUAUGACAAAUAAUUUAACUGUAACCUUGAAUUGAUUAUUGAAAGAACUGUGUCAAUGGUUUGUGCACCCCAGUCUUAUUACUAACAGUAAUUCUGCACAACAAGGAUCCCAAAAAGGUAGUAUUUUCCCCCGAAUUUUUCUUUGCCAAUUGUUGUUUCCACCCGGUUUGUUAACAGUGUAAGCUUGGCAUUCAUCACUCUCUGCCUUCUGCGUGCCCGAGCUCAAGCUGUGACGGGCUCUUGGGAAACAGGUAGAUGGUCGUCCUGAAGAUGGAAGGUCCCCAGGCUGACUGGUAAGCCAAUGUCCAUCAUGGGGGAAGAAAAAUAAAGCAGACUCCGAGAUCCAUAAGCGUUUGCAUUUAGUGGUGUCUGUUAAUGGUUUAUGCAAUUGUUGCACAGAAGACAUUGUAUUAAUUCCACCUGUUUAGACAAACUAUUAUUGAAUGUCUGGAAAUCUCUACAUUCACCAAAUAGCAACAAAUUCUGCUCUGUUGCCAUUACAUUUUCUGCAAUUUGGAAAUAAAACUUUAUUGAAACAUG